UAUAAAAAUAAUAGUUUUAAGAAAAAAAUAAAAAUAUAUUUAUUAUUAUUUGAUUAAAAAAUGCAUAAUCCAAUGUGAGAGUUUUUCUUUAUAUGGAAAAUCAAUCUUCAAAAGUUGUGAUUUUGAAAAUGCAUAUAGAGAAACCAAUGCAACUGUUUUUAGUGGUUGCUUUUUGAAAUUGGGUUUUUUUUUUGGGGGGGGGGGGGGGGGGGGGGGGGGGGGUGUUAUACAUUGGAUUUUUUUUCUUUUUAUUUAUUUUUGUGUUUGUUUUAAUAUGGCGAUCUGCUGUUUGAUCAGCAAUUUUUCUCGUCUGCCUAACAAGCAGAUAUGUGAUUUGGUUCUGAUAAGAAUUAGGGUUUUUGUUAUCAAUUACUGACUGCGGCAUAAGUUUAUCUAAUAGAGCAGUUCGCAUGUUGAAGUGUGAAUUAAUCAUCUUCAAUAUCUAGCUGGUUGAUAUAUGAAUCUAGUAAUUAUGUUUUGCAUCAUCAUUAGUUCUCGUGUGGUAUUUAUUUGUUAUUAUCUUUUCAUGUAGUUGUGAUACUUUGUGUACUUUUUUAUUGGUACUUCAAGCUCUCAAUUUAGUUAAGAUGAGAUAUUCUAGAUCUCGCAUUGGGUCUAUGUUCAAAUCGUGUGCAUAUGUUAAUAGUUAAGCACUUAACUUGACCAUUCAAUUUGAAGACAUUGCCUAUUUUCCAUGGUUGUCUUGUUUUGGCGUUGAUCUAGAGCCUCUACAACUGCAUUGUUAGGAUGUAUUUACAAGCAUGUCAGUUUGGUUUACUUUUGUAUAUACAAUCAUUGUUCUGGCAUUGAUCUAGUGUAAUUGUUGAUGUGUUUCUUGUGUUUCUUUAUGAGUAUUGGAACUUCUGCUACCUUCAGUAGACAAGCCCUGGUGACUGGUUUGGCUCCAGUUUCGGUUGCAAGUGAAGUUCAUUCUGUAUUGAGGUUUGGCUCCAGUUUCGGUUGCAAGUGAAGUUCACGCUGUAUUGAGCCCAAAAUUAUAUACGUGUGUGUGUGAUGAUAUCAAUCGCACAGAUACAAUGGUCUUGGUUAAUGUUCUUCUCCUAUUCAGCCUUUUUGUCUCCUUUUAUUUUCUGAAUUGUGUUUGGUUGAUAUAAUUUUAAAACAUUAGAGCUUGUAGACUUAUUGGUUGAUGACAGAAAGAGGGUUUUUCAAGAUACUAACUUUAAGACCAUUGGAUCAUUUGAUAGUUGUCCCCUGUUAUUAGUAGGCUAUCCUGUGUGCAUGUUGCUUCUGUUCAGAAGUAAGUUCUGAGAUUGGCUUCUGGCUCUUGAUUGGUAUUCCCUUUAAUUUGUGAAAUCUCAAAAUGGACAUCUGGUUUCUUUUUUACCUAAACUUAUUGCCUCUAAUAUAUGGGGAUUUUAAUCACGGUACGGGUUAGGAUGCUCUGGUUAUAUGCUGAAUGCACAAGUCAUUCAACAAGGUUUAAAUAUCGAGCUACGAAGUAAUAACCAGGAGCAGCAGGAUUUCUUGGCAUGCAAUGAGCAGGUGAAAUGCUGGACUCUGCACAUGCAACAUGGUUACAUUACAGGUGUGUAUUCAACAACAUUCACGAUACUAAACAAGUGCAGCUACACAGUUUGGCCGGGCAUUCUAUCUGGCGCAGGGACGCCACAGCUCUCCACCACAGGCUUCGCCCUCCAACCCGACGAAUCCAGCACACUCGAUGUACCGACCUCGUGGUCAGGCCGUUUUUGGGGUCGAACACGUUGCGCUCAGGACCCCACGGGUAAAUUCUCAUGCGUCACGGGAGAUUGCGGCUCCUCCACAAUAGAAUGUGCCGGUGGUGGAGCGGCGCCUCCAGUCACCUUGGCCGAGUUCACUCUGAAUGGUGCCGGUGGGCUCGACUUCUACGACGUCAGCCUCGUGGACGGAUACAACCUCGCCAUGACGGUUGUGCCCCAGGGUGGAACCGGAGGAAACUGUAGGUCGACGGGGUGCGUGGCGGACCUGAACGGUGCGUGUCCGACGGCGCUGAAAGUGAUGAGCGGCGGUGAGGGGGGCGAGAGCGUGGCGUGCAAGAGCGCAUGCGAGGCGUUCGGGGACCCGCAGUACUGCUGCAGUGGGGACUACGCGACGCCAGCAACAUGUAAGCCCAGUUCUUACUCGGAGUUGUUCAAGGCAGCGUGCCCCCGCGCUUACAGCUACGCCUACGACGAUGGUACCAGCACCUUCACCUGCGCAUCUGCGGAUUACGUAAUCACGUUCUGCCCUUCACCAUCCGCCAGUGUCAAGUCCGCGAAUGGAGAAUUUCCAUCUGCUCUCGAAGUCUCAGCUGGCACACGUGAAGCAUCGGCAAGUUUCAUUGGCUGUUUCCUCGCAGUUAUGGCGGUUAUGGCUGCUGCUUGGACUCUGGCAGGACACUAAUCAAUGCUUCCCAGGCACUGCCUUGGAAUUAGCAAAGUUACCUUUGUCGCCGGACUGAACCUUCGGCGGGACCUGGUGUAGGGCCCGAAGUUUUGGCAGAGAGAGAGAGAGAGAGAGAGAGACAAGAGGUUACAAUUUUGGUACUUGUGUUGAUGGAGGGUUAAAAUUGGGAUGUGGCCCAAAGGUCGGUCCUCAUCGUUGGUCUGCUGCUGGUUUGUUUGGUCCAGUGUUCUUUCCCGGCAUCGAGAACCAAACUUUCAGAUACAGAUGGAUGAUGGGGAGUUUUCAUUUGUAAUUACAGAAGAAUGCAAACAGUAUGAUUCAUCGUGAGGAUCAUCCCCUGCCCCAGCUUUUAUUUUGGAGAUUGAGAGCAAUUGUUUAAGCGUAUUAUAUUUUUUUUUCUACCAAUUUAAGCGUGUUAUAUAUUUGAUUACAUGAAUUUAAUGAAACAGGGCUUGCAUUCUCAUGUUUUUCCUACA